AGGGCUGCUGGUUCCCAGAGACCCUCACAGCUCCAGGACGCCCAGUCUCUCUGCAGCCUGCAGCUCAGACACACCAGCCCUGACACGGACUCAGACCUCAGCCUGCUCCCCCUCCUUCUCCUGGAGCUCCGACACCUGUGUGGACUAAUGGACAGGAAACACGGAGUCCAGUUUUAAAGUGGGAAAGUUUGGAGUCUAUAGAGACAACGCCUGAAGAGAAGAGAAGAGAAGAGAAGAGAAGAGAAGAGAAGAACCUCAGAGGAUAUCUUCAUCUUGUCUGGACUACAAUCUUAUUUAAGAUCUCAAGGACGUCUCAGCAAACAUCAGCGUUUUUUUUUCAUCAAUUAGAAACUUUCUGUUUGACAUCUAACAGCUGACACUCUGGUGUAAUUUAACUGUUUUCUGGAUUGGCGACUUUGCCAAACACGUCACUGUCCUCUGGUGAUUUUCCUCAGACUCACUCUGAACCAGACCUUUCAUCAUCUGAGAGGUUGCGGGUUCGUCUCCUGGUUCUGAGUUCUUGGAUUUUUUUUGGAACGAUUUUCUGAAACUUAAUUGAAGCUCUGAAAGAAUUUUGCACCUUCAUUCUGUCAUCACGUCUUGUAAAGCUCAAACACCGAUCCUAAAACUGUCUGUCACAGUUAAAACCUGCGUCAUGGCCUUGUCUGUUGGUCUGUGGGUAUGUCUCUGCCUGCCGCUGCUGUUCAUGGACGCAAAGAGCGUUGGACAACAUGACAGUCAGAGCGACGCCCUUGACCAACCCUCCUCCCUCGUCAAACUGGAACCUCUUUGGAUCACCAAGCAGCAGCUCAGGACCGUGGACGCCCCCAACCACAGCCUCCCCCUCCCCGAGCUGCUGGAUCUAGACGUGGACCAGCACCAUCGCCAGGCCCGCGGCGCUGAUGAGGAGGAGCAACAGUCCACUUUCAGCCAAUCCUUCGAGAAUGACUCGGUGACGGCGCCACAGGCCACUGAGUUUGACAACGGGACAAAAGUAGGAGCGGGAGAGACUGGUAAUCAUGAUGAUAACACCAAUCUCCAUGGAAAUGCCUCCAGCUCUGACCACGAUGCCCCGGGACUCUUCAACCCCUUCUACCCGCUGGCAGACAGCUCGUACGCAGCAUACGCGGUCCUCUUCCUGGCCGGCCUGGUGCUGGCGGUGGGCGUGGUGGGAAAUAUGGCGGUAAUGUGUAUAGUCUGGAACAACUACUACAUGAGGUCAGCCUGGAACUACCUGCUGGCCAGCAUGGCAUUCUGGGACUUCCUGGUCCUGGUGCUCUGCCUUCCUGUGGUGGUCCUAAACCAGCUCUCCCAUAGGAGGAUCCUGGGUGACAUCACCUGCCGCAUGGUGCCUUAUAUGGAGGCUGUGUCUCUGGGCAUCACCUCCUUCACACUCUGCGCUCUGGGCAUCGAUCGUUUCCACGCCGCUACCUCCUCGUCCCAGCCGAAGGCCCGGCGGGUGGAGCGCUGCCGCACGGUGCUGCUGAAGCUGCUGCUGGUGUGGCUCGCCGCCCUGCUGUUGUCCAGCCCCGAAAUCUUCCUGUGGCAGCUUAGCCAGGCCGUGUCCCCGUCCACCGGCCGGCUGGUCGACUCUUGCACCAUCACCCCCUCCUCCCCUCUGUCCCUCUACCUGCCCGACUCUCUCCACUCUCUGCUGCUCAGGUACCACCAGGGUCGUAUGUGGUGGUGUUUCGGCUGCUACUUCUGCCUCCCCAUCCUCUUCACCAUCCUCUGCCAGAUGGCCACGCGUAACGUCAACAAUGACUCAAGUUCCACUCAGAAGCAACGUAACCAAGACGACCGCUCCGCCAAUCAGAAGCGCCAGCAGCACCAGGCGGUUGAGCGCCAGCUCAACUGCACGCUGUUGGCCUUAGCGGUGGUUUACGGUGUCUGCGCUCUUCCCGAACACAUCUGCAACAUCACGCUGGCCUACACGCACAUUACGGUGUCCGAGGACACGGCCGCCAUGCUGACUCUGCUGCAUCACUUCCUGUUGUUCUUUAAGUCAUCAGUGACGCCGGUGCUGCUGCUGUGUCUGUGUAAGGCUCUGGGACAGGCCUUCAUGGACUGUUGCUGCUGCUGCUGUCAGGAGUGUCAGCCAACCACCACUCAGGGCUUGCCAAGCUCCGCCCAGGUCAAACUGAAGGCAGCCAAUGAGACGUCCAUCUUCUUCGACAAGGCUAAAGAGACGUCAGCCAUCUUGUCCAUCUCCAGCUAGAGACAUAGGUCCCUUUGUAACCUUCAGUCCACCAUGUCCUCAUCCAUGAGUCAAUCCUUUGUUUGACCCUUCAUCAUCAUCAUCAUCAUCAUCCUCAGUGUUAACUUGUCCUCUGUCCAAAGCUCCUCCUCCAGAACACUUGUAGACCAUCUGUCUGUCUCUCUGUCCUCUCGUCCUCCUUCAGAGUCUCCAUGUGUGUGAUAUCCUCUAUGGACACAGUGUUUUCCCUGCAGCUUCCUGUCUGUACAGGAAGUGAUGUUUAAUCUGUAGCGAGGUUAGAAAAGUUGCUGUUGUUGCACAACCAGCUGCUGUAAAAGCAGGAGCCUGUUUCAGGACGCCACACAGACUCCUCCCCCCAACUUCCUGCUGUGAUGACGUACGAUCUGAAAACCACAGACAUCCAAAGGGUUCACCUGUUUCAUGGAGAAGAAGCUGAAACAGGAAGUUACAUCAGAAACAGCAGAACAACAGUGUGUCGCACAAACAGGGUUUCGGUUAGGGACUUUUCUUUAUCUAUCAGAGGAGGGGGCGGAGCAGCAGUGUGACUCCGCCCUCCACCAUAAAUGAGGGUUUUUUUGGGAAAAAUUUUAAACAAGAUGUAGACUGUUUUAACAUCAGAUCUGUUUUUUUUUUUUUUUUUUAAUGAUGGACGCGUUCAUCACAUGAUGUGUUCAAGGACCGUUGGAAAUUUGAAAAUCCAACAAUAAUUUCUGUUUUUAGAGUUUCGGCUGACAAACGAGUCCUUUUGGAAAUUUUUAAAGAAAACAUGUUUGAAGAUCUGCAGUAAAAUAAAUCCAAAAUAAAACAUGUAAGCCCCGCCCCUCAGCCAGAAUGAAACCAUAAGCCCCUCCCCAAUGGUUAAAAAAUGAUUUGACGGAUGAAAGUUUCAGCGUUGGCAUGAUCGACACAACGUGGGGUCAUAUUCAAAUUUAGCCGUCCAACGAAAAGAAACGGAAUGACUAUGCAAAGGUUUUUAACCUGACGGGAUUCCAGGCAUCUGAAUCACCACAGAUUCACUUAGUGAUGUACGAACAGUGAACCAAUCAGGACUUCAUUGAUGGGAGAUCUGAGUUUAAAGUAUUGCCCAAAAUUACCCCACCCCCAGCAAUUUGGAAACAACCCUAGUGUUCUGUCGUAACGCCACCCACAUCUAGAGAAAAACCUGUUUGGUUCACUGGAAGUGUUUUUUGAUUUAAUGUCGUCAAGCUGCCGCAGAAGCUGCAGCCCGUACCUUCUGUGGUGACGUCCAGCGUGAUGUGUUUAAAGGAGUUGCCACCAAAACAUCAGAAUAUCAGUGGCGUCUGAAACCUUUCAGUCAGCUGAUGGGGGUCAGAUGGAGAAGAAGAACUGAAGGUGUCAGAUAGAGAACUUUACUGGUUUCAAUUUAACAAUCCUGGAAUCAGUUUCUGAGAGGAGAUGUCUCCAUCUGUGGAUUGAUGAAGCUCUGCAGGUUUUAUCUGGUCCGAUGAGGCUCUGCAGGUUUUAUCUGGACAGAUGAGGUUCUGCAGGUUCAUUAAUAGGCCCAUUUCCACCGCAGGAACUUUGGGGCAAUUUUACGGGGCCGGGGCCGUUGGUGCGUGUCUCCACCGCAGGAACCA